UAAAAAAUAAAGGAAAAAACGAAACGCCGCAGUGUACUUCACCUCCAAGCUACAAAAGCAACACUCCUUCUCACAUUCCAUUACUUCACCAACAAUGCCUCUUCAUUCCUUCUCACAUUCCCAUUCACAUUUUGACGAUUCUACCCUCACCCGUUCAGCUUAACCGAUUCGACUCGUCUUAACUUGGAAGCGUGAUCGAGUAUCAGUUCAUAGGACCAAACGCACACACUCUUACUCUUUUUGAAGAUGUCGUUGUAUUUCGGUAAACUAUCGGAACGUGUUUGUAGAGAUGAACUUGAGCGAGUUUUUGGUAGAUUUGGGCGUUGUAAUGUUCAGGUGAAAAAAGAAGGUUAUGGUUUUGUGGUGUUUGAUUUCCGUUUGGAUGCGGAGAAAGCUUUGAGGGAAUUGAAAGGUACAAAGAUAUGUGGGGAACUGUUGACUUUGAUGUGGUCCAAACAACAACCGGAGUCACAUUUUGCAAAAUUUGAUAGGGGUGGUGAAAGAAAAGGAAAUACCUAUGAGUUGCAAGGUAAGAGGAUUUUUGACAAAUUGGGCGAAAGAGAAAGGAAAGAAGGUUUUGAUGGAUGGGAGAAAUGGAAUCACAAUACAGAUAUUGUUGAAAGGGGCGAGUCUGUUGAAGAGGGGGAGUAUCGUCGAGAUGGUUUUAAGUAUUGCGAUGGAGAAGAAAAAAAUCGUCGAAGAGACUUUCCAGAUGAAGGUGGCCAUGUUGUUCCUAACCAGGGUCGCAUUGGUAGAGGGGCCGAGCCAACUCAUGGCAAGGCAACUGACUGCGGGAAUGGGAAUACUUUGGAAUUUGAUCGCUACAGACCUUCCUGUGGCUAUGACAGAAAGGAUGACAAAGAAGAUUACUCUAGUGGUUCUCUUUUAGCUAAUUCCCAGGAGAAUGUGGGCAGAGCACAGAUUGGUGAGGAAACCUUGAACCGCCCAAACAGUUCAAAAUUAAAGCAUACUGGUUAUAGACGUGGAGAAGCAGGUCAUAAGAUGCAAAAUUGUAGGAAAGAACACUCGUUGCGGAGAAAAUAUAACAGAUUGGAUGAUGAGCAUGCUGAUAAAAUAGACAAAAAGCGCAGAGUUGAAGAUGACAUUGAGUCUGGAUGGGGUUCUUGGGUGAUUCCGCAGUCAAAUGGAGAUGCUUUAUUGAUGAGCCACCAAAGAGAUAAGUGGAGGGUGUCUGGUUCACGGAGUGAUUGUGCACCAUUGAGAAAUGAAUCAUCCCCGGUAGCAAAGGACACUGAGGAGUAUGAAGGAAAAAAGCAAAGCAGAAAUGAAACAGAAUCACCUAAAAGAUCCAGGGAGAAGAAGAUAUCAAGGCGAUCAGUCUCAUCCUCUUUGCUAUCAGAUUACUCUGCAUUUCGCUCACUUACACAUUCUCAAUCAUCCAAAUCACUGCCUAGGUCUACUAAAUAUUCUAGAUCAAGAUCAGUGUCUUCUAGAGCACAUUCUUCAUCUUCAAAGUCAGUGUCUUCCUCAAAAUCUCAGAAUUGUAGAGGCAAAAAGUUACAUUCGAUGAGGUCGAGCUCCCCUACAUCUUUGUCUGUAUCACUCAAUCAGUCUUUACUGUCUUCUCCAAAUAAAAUCCAGCUUAAUUCAAAAAGCUCAUCCACUAAUGGCGCUGCGCUUAAGCCAGUGGAUCAUUUGGUUGCUCGGGGACAAGGGAUUGGCAGUACAAUGGAAUUGGAGAAUUUACAAUCCAAGGACUCAGAUAUUGCUGUAAAUGGACAAGCUGUAGUGUCCACUACAGCGGUGGAUGCCACGCUAAAGGACCAACACGUGCAGGAGGACAAUAAUGAGAAUUUAACCAAACCAGUUAUUGCAGAGAAAUUGUCUCCCAGAAGGGUAAAAUGGGAAGUGGGCUUUCAGCAUCCUAGAACACUGAUGGCGGAUGAUAUUCCAACUGAAGUUCAGAAGCCAACUCUGGAAACUCAUAUUACUCCCCGUUCUGGCUGUUCAACCAUCAUAUCUACAGAGGAAAUGUGCAUGGUUCUGAAUAAAAGUGGCCUUGAACUUCCGGAAGGACAUGAAAUAAAAUUAACAACAGAUGACUUCUUCGGUGCUGCUCGGUUGUGGCCUUGGUAUAUUAUUUAUUACCGUAGGUUGAAGAAGGGCCCAAUUUCAAUUGAGAACUAUGCCAGGCGGGUUGCUCAGAAUCAGGAAUUUGGCAUUGUUGAUAAGUACAUAAGAAGUAGCAGUGGAUGGGGAGAAUUCAGUCCCGAGAACUCUUGAUAGCUGACACUGACACAUGAUGCCCUGUGGGUAGAUUUUCCCAGGUUGGGCGUGUCAUGGAGAGAAAGAGGUGUGCUCAUCAUCCAAAUUUAAUCACUUGUCUGGUAUACUAUCACUAUAGCUGUUUUCUUUCUUUUAUGAGGAGGGUGGGUUUUGGAUUAAAUAUUAGUAGCAAAUCUAAGUAGUAAGUAUAAAUCUCAUGUCUAUGGGCAUCCCCUUGAAAAGUAGGGAUCAGAAUGGAGGAUAUUUCCUUAAUGGUUAACUUGUUAUUUUGAUUAACAUGAUAUAUUACAGAAGAUGGAAAACACAUUGGUAUGGGUAAUGCAAUGGCGAAAAUGUGUUUGACUAAUGUUAUCAAAAAGUAUUUGUUUGCCAAAUGACUUAUAAACACUAAAAUGAGUUAAACCAGAUGUAUAAUGAAACGUAUAAUAUACUAUAGUACUUCUCCGGUGGGAUUUGAACUAUGUCACUUGAUGUUACAAAGUCAAACUGCUUAACACCUCUUGGACUACUAUAGUACUCCUAUGGCAUCUACAACAUGUAU